GAAAAUGCACAAGUUAUGCAAGCCCCUUUAACCAAGUACAGUUCGUAUUGAUUUUCGCUUCUACAAAAAGCUUUCUCUUUCAAUCUCUGGCAUUUGAUUUUUGUGGGGUUUUGAGUGGGAGACGAUGAUGAUGAAGAACAUGAACAUUUCGAAUUGCAGAGUAGUGAAUGAGUUAAAGCCAGUGAUAGUAAUGGUAAUGACUCAGAUUGCAUAUGGGAUUAUGAACAUUCUCUACAAACUUGUAGUUGAAGAUGGUAUGGAUUUUAGAAUUCUCAUUGUUUAUCGUCUCCUAUUUGCCACCUCUUUUAUGCUUCCCAUUGCUCUCAUUUUUGAAAGGAAGAGCUGGCAAAAGCUUGACCGGAUUAUACUUCUCCAAGGUUUUCUUUGUGGGUUAUUUGGUGGAUCAUUAGCUCAAAAUUUAUAUAUCGAGGCCUUAGCUUUAACAACAGCAACAUUUGUUACCGCUAUGAGUAACCUUAUUCCAGCCAUCACCUUUAUCAUGGCCAUAUUCUUUAGGUUGGAGAAAGUGGGAUUGGAAACAAAAGAAGGAAUGGCUAAGGUAGCAGGAACAGCAGUGGGAAUGAGCGGUGCAAUGCUUUUCACGUUCUACAAAGGCAUUGAGAUUAAGACAUGGUCUGUUCCGCACCAUCAUCACCAUGCCACAACCACCCACGUUUCUCCAAACCACAAAAUAACUGCCAAUCAUUUGUUGGGCUCCUUUCUGUCUUUCUCUAGUUGUUUGUCUUAUGCCUUGUGGCUCAUUGUUCAGGCAAAAAUGAGUAAAAGAUACCCAUUCCAUUAUUCAGGCACGGCUCUGAUGUGCGUAAUGGCAUCCGUUCAGUCCCUUGCUUUUGCCCUUUGCGUUGAGAGAGAUUGGACUAAGUGGAAGUUGGGCUGGAAUUUAGGACUACUUACUGCUGCUUAUUCGGGAAUUGUGACAUCCGGUGUGGUGGUGACCAUGAUUGCAUGGUGUGGUCACAAGCGAGGGCCAUUGUACGUGGCGAUCUUUAACCCCGUCUCCCUCGUGAUCGUAGCCUUGGCAGGGGCUUUGUUUCUUCAGGAAAAGUUGCAUCUAGGAAGCAUAUUGGGAGGAUUGUUGGUUGUGUGUGGACUAUACAUGGUAUUGUGGGGAAAACGCAAGGAGAUGAAGAUGAAACAACCACCGUCAUCAGAAAAUCCCCAGGAAUCCUAAAUCCGUUGCAUUGAGAAUGUUUCAAUAUCUUUGGAUGAGUAAUGGAAUGAAAGAUGUGCUAUCAAUUUGUAAUUAUAAUAACAUAGAAGGACAAGUAAGAAAUAAAAUAUAUAUGUAAAAAAGUAGUGUAAUUUUAUAUCUCAGACUAUUUACUAUGUGUAUCCUUCAUCAAUACAUAUAUGUGUCAUUUUGGAACA